AUGCAGUUACGAACGGGUACCUUCGUGGUGAACGGCCUGAUACAGACUCGCCACAUAGCCUUACGUGUUUUCGGUGAUUCGGGAGUUGGAAACAAAUAUGCUAUUGAAGUCCUCCUGCACCUAUCCAUAGAUAUUGAGCCCUCACACACGGAAGCUAAUCAGGAUCUAGGAUUUCAUCCGUCAUCUGUUUCUCCUUCCUCUUAG